UGUGUUUUUGUGUGUAUGUGUUUUUCCUAUGCUGACUCAUGGCAUUGAAGUCUUUCUGGAAACACCCCCACCUUCAUAGCCAGCCAGUUUACACACACCCCUUCAGCUCCUCCUUGAUUCAAAUGUUAAGUCAAGAGGAAGAAGGAAAACGAAUUCAAGAGCUGCUCUCAAGCAUCUAGAAUUCUCUGCACCCCACCUCUUGAGAAGAGAGACUGGCGCCAGCUCUGACUCAGUCUACUACAAGCUGGACUCUCCUCUUAAAGCACCAACUUUAUCUGAGCCUUUGGAUAAAACUGGAAGAAAAUAGUCCACGAGUCCUGUGAACUCUGCAAGAGGCAGGGGGCUGACCACUGGUAGUAAAAACAAAAAGAUGGCAGAUCCUGAAAUUGAGCUUUUCGUGAAGGCUGGAAGUGAUGGGGAGAGUAUUGGAAACUGUCCCUUUUGCCAACGCCUUUUUAUGAUCCUCUGGCUUAAAGGAGUUAAAUUCAAUGUGACUACUGUUGACAUGACCAGAAAGCCUGAAGAGCUGAAGGACUUAGCCCCAGGUACCAAUCCUCCCUUCCUGGUGUAUAACAAGGAGUUGAAAACAGACUUCAUUAAAAUUGAGGAGUUUCUAGAGCAGACACUGGCUCCUCCAAGGUAUCCUCACCUGAGUCCCAAGAACAAGGAGUCCUUUGAUGUGGGCUGUAACCUCUUUGCCAAGUUUUCUGCAUACAUUAAGAAUACGCAAAAAGAAGCAAAUAAGAAUUUUGAAAAAUCUCUGCUCAGAGAAUUUAAACGUCUGGAUGACUACUUAAACACCCCGCUUCUGGAUGAAAUUGAUCCAGACAGUGCCGAGGAACUCACAGUUUCCAGAAGAUUGUUCUUGGACGGGGAUCAGCUGACACUGGCUGACUGCAGCUUGUUACCCAAACUGAACAUUAUUAAAGUUGCCGCCAAGAAAUACCGUGACUUUGACAUUCCAGCAGAAUUCUCAGGAGUCUGGCGCUAUCUUCACAAUGCCUAUGCCCGUGAAGAAUUUACCCACACGUGUCCUGAAGACAAAGAAAUUGAAAAUACCUAUGCAAGCGUGGCUAAACAGAAGAGUUAGGACGCUCUUUUAGUAGAAAAAGCUCUCUUUUCACUUAUUAUCAUAUUAUAAAGGUUUUUGGAAAAAAGAAUAUGGAAAAUACUGUUUCCUCUAUCCAACUCUCUUAUGAAAAGAAUGCUGUAUUUUCUGUAUUUAGUCAGUCCAAACUAUCUUCUCACCGUGUAUUUUAAAGUUCUUUA